AUGACUAUAGAUAAACGCACUGAACAUGCUCCGUUUUCUCCACCUUCUACACAAAUCCCCGCCACCAUGCCGUCACAAAAUGCAUGGAUCAUGGAUGAUCCCACCCGAAACAGACUGUUGAAAAAAUACAAGACCCAGGUAGCUUCGGGAAUAUCAACCGUCUGCGCGACCUUGGCGGUGACUCCUCUGGAGAACGUCAAAACUCGCAUGCAAACCCAUAACUUUAAAAACAUCUUCCAAUGCGUCCGCUAUCUCUGGCGGACUGAAGGCCCACGUGGCUAUGUGGCUGGUUGUCUGCCGCCGCUAGCCAGCGUAACCGCUGUCCGAGUCGUCAAUUUUACCACCUACAAUUGGGCCAAACAUGCCAUCUCCGACACCUUCCAAAGUAUCACCGGAGAAUCGCCAUUGGAAGAAUACAAAAAGCCCGGCAGCAGCCCGACAGUCGCCGGAAUUCUCACCUUCACCGGUGCCGGUCUCCUGGCCGGACUGGUGACCUCUCCACUUGCCUGUCCAUUCGAACUAGCCAAGAACGUCGUCCAAACCUCGGUCCUCGUAUCUAACCGUGCGAUGGCCGCGCCCGACGCAGCCCGAGACCCUUCACUACGCCGUAAACCGCGUUUGAGUACUAUCCAGGCCAUCCAGCAGAUCAUCAAGCGCCAUGGAUUCCGCGGCCUGUAUACCGGAUUCCGUCUGCACGCGAUGCGCGACACGGUCGGGUCUGCACUGUACUUCAGCGUCUACGAGACCGUCAAACAAGUCGCAGCCAAAGAACUAGGCUCGGAUAAGUCUCCAUUCGGAGCGCCCAUGAUAGCCGGUGCGAUUUGCAGCACCGUCCCGUGGUUUUGCACUUAUCCACUCGACACCCGCAAGACUCGCGCGCAGAGCGUCCUUCUUGGUAAAACGAAAGAAAUCGGCGAAGCCUCUGUGGCCGUGGCCAAGUCGAGCAUGUACAAAGGCCUAUCCAUCAUUCUUAUUCGGACUGGUGUCAACAACAUGAUUCUUCUUAGCAUGUUUGAGUACAUCAAGGCGCACAUCGACGGGUUGCCGGCGUAA